CGCCGCCGCCCUCCUCGGGAGAGAGGCUGGAGUGAGGCUGUGCGAAGCGCCGCAUUUCAAUGAGGACCGGCCGAGGCACAUCCCUGCACUAGCGGCUGCCGCCGAGUCGCCCGCACUCCAUCCGCUGCCGCCGCCCAGCUCCGGCCCCGCCGCCGCCGCCGCCGCCUCCGCCGCCCCGCAGCCCGGCCGCGCCCAGCCCGGCGAGGACAGCACCAGGAGGCGCCCCGAGCGCGGCCACAAAGACCCCCGGCGGCGUCUCUCCGCGGACCGAUUCAGCUUGCACCCCGUCAUGUCCUUCGGCAGAGACAUGGAGCUGGAGCACUUCGAUGAGCGGGAUAAGGCGCAGAGAUACAGCAGAGGGUCGCGGGUGAACGGGCUGCCCAGCCCCACGCACAGCGCCCACUGCAGCUUCUACCGAACCCGCACGCUGCAGACCCUCAGCUCCGAGAAGAAGGCCAAGAAAGUUCGUUUCUAUCGAAACGGAGAUCGAUACUUCAAAGGGAUUGUGUACGCCAUCUCCCCAGACCGCUUCCGCUCUUUCGAGGCCCUGCUGGCAGAUUUGACCCGAACUCUGUCGGAUAACGUGAAUUUGCCCCAGGGGGUGAGAACAAUCUACACCAUAGAUGGGCUCAAGAAGAUUUCCAGCCUGGACCAGCUGCUGGAAGGAGAGAGUUACGUGUGUGGCUCCAUAGAGCCCUUCAAGAAGCUGGAGUACACCAAGAACGUGAACCCCAACUGGUCGGUGAAUGUCAAGACCACCUCGGCUUCGCGGGCGGUGUCGUCACUGGCCACUGCCAAAGGGAGCCCCUCAGAGGUGCGGGAGAAUAAGGAUUUCAUUCGGCCCAAGCUGGUCACCAUCAUCAGAAGUGGAGUGAAGCCGCGGAAAGCCGUCAGGAUUCUGCUGAACAAGAAGACCGCUCAUUCCUUUGAGCAGGUUCUCACUGAUAUAACGGACGCCAUCAAGCUGGACUCGGGAGUGGUGAAACGCCUGUACACCCUGGACGGGAAGCAGGUGAUGUGCCUUCAAGACUUUUUUGGUGACGAUGACAUUUUUAUUGCAUGUGGACCGGAGAAGUUCCGUUACCAGGAUGAUUUCUUGCUAGAUGAAAGUGAAUGUCGAGUGGUGAAGUCCACUUCUUACACCAAAAUAGCUUCAUCAUCUCGCAGGAGCACCACCAAGAGCCCAGGACCUUCCCGGCGCAGCAAAUCCCCGGCGUCAACCAGCUCAGUUAAUGGAACCCCUGGUAGUCAGCUCUCUACUCCGCGCUCGGGCAAGUCUCCAAGCCCAUCACCCACCAGCCCAGGAAGCCUGCGGAAGCAGAGGGACCUGUAUCGCCCCCUCUCUUCGGAGGACUUGGAUUCAGUAGGAGACUCAGUGUAAAAGAGACAAUGGAGCAAUGUAUAUGGUUUGUGGUUGGGUGAAGGUUUCGUGUCUCCUAAGCAAAAGUCUAACGGCAAAAUGCACAAAAGAGUUUUGCAUACCUUGCAAUUAUGAAGCCCAAAUCAUAUAAAAGUAAAUAUCCAGACAUUUUAUAUUCAUGGUGUUAAUCCUUGAAGGAGAUUUUUUUUUUUUAAUAUCUCCUACAUUGAUUUGAUUGCAGGACCUUGAACACAGACUCCCUCAAUUGCUAAAAAUUUUGUGCUAGGCCUGGUUCUAGAUGAAUUUCAUAUAUGCGCCCAGCCUUGAGUAUCAGAACACGCGAAUGAUGUGUUAGCUCUGUAGUUAUUCAUACUCUGAAUGUAUCAGUGCAGAGUCAUAAUUUCUGUAGAUAGAAUUUUUCUGUACAAUUCUGUACACAUUUUCUGGUCAAGCAGAUUAAAAUGGCAUUAGCAGACAUUUUUUUCCCUCAAAGUUAUAUUCUUUAUAAAAUUUGGAUUGCUGGUUUUUAAAGUACUUUUAUUGCAAAAUAAUUAAAAUAUUCAAGUAGUGUUCUUUUUCUUCCUAGACAGUAUUCAGAGCUGUUUAUCAUUUUGUGUGUAACGUAGGUGAGGAAAAGCUCACGUCAAGGACACGUCUCAUGAAGAUGCUCACAUCAGGCAUCAGGAACUUUCCUUGUUUUUGUUGUCAAGUAAAUUUCACUUUUUAAACUUAUCUUUGAUUGGAAACAGCAAAAGUAUAGCUUAAACUGUAUACUAACAUGAAGAACUUAUUCAAUGACAUUGUUAUAAAUUAUAUAAUUCCUCCCUACAGCCAUGUAUGUGAUUUUUGAAAUGUGCAAAAGCUGAAGCUAGGAAACUUUUCUUAACACACAGACCUAAAAAAAUUGUGUCUGGAGUUCUUCCAAAAAAUCAAUUUGAAAAGCAAAAUUCUUUUAAAUGGUGCUACAUAAAUCUGGCCAAAAAUAUCCAAAUCUCCAUGCUGAUAAAUCCUGGAUCCUGCUGGUGUUUUGGAAAUUUUGAUAUGCAAAACUUCUUUUGUGUUCAACCAAGUAGGUCUAUGAUUAUAACCCAUUGUUAAACAUUAACCUACUAAUUCUGCUUUUCUAGUCCUCUGUUUAAGGAAUUAUAGUCAGCUUUGCCUAAACAUAAAAUAGUUAUUUUUAAAUCUGAAUGUUAAAAAUUAAUUUCAUGUGUAUGGUCUGUUGUAUUUAAGCCGUACCCUAGUGAUCAUUUAGUUUUACUAGUUCAAACACUAACAAUUUAAGACUUGUGUAGCAUGGUUUUGAUAUUUUACAGGCUUGACAUAUCUCGGUAGGUGAUAAAUUAAAAAUGUAUGCUGCCAUUUGGAGGCUUUUACUUGGGUUUUUUUCAAAUUUUACUUGAAAACUGAUUUUAAAAACAAAAUGUUCGAUUCAAGAUGGCGAGAAGUUCAGUUGUCAUAUACUGUUUUAAACGUUAUCAAUUUAUCUCCUUGAUAAAUUGCUCAACUAUCAAAUUUUACCAUCUGGUUUAUAGUUACAUAUGUUACUAUCUCACUUUCCAAGUGAAUAAAAUAUUCCAACCAUAAGAAAAAGAAGGGGAAAAAAAAAGUCCAGGCAACCUAACAGCAUUUGAAAACUUAGCCUUACAUAAUUAGUGCCUCAUUAUCCUGUCUGUUGGAGAGAAAGACACUUCUCUGGCAGAUUAUUCGAGAACCGCAAACUGAACCAUUCCAUCUUGAAAGAACAGUUCAUAAUAAUACCUGUUCCAGACUUCAGGUUUUAAAACUGUUUCCAAUAGAAAUGAGCAGACUCCUGCUGAGAUCAAAAGGCUGCUUUGUUUUAGCUGAAACAGUAAACAUCUGUGAGGUUGCCUAUGCUGGUGUCUGUUCUAGUUAUGUCUUUGUAAAAUGCAUUACUUAAUACAGUUGAGUCCAUAAAAGAUUAGUAUGUAUUUGACUGAACUGUCAGAAAUGCAAAGAAAGCAGUGGAACAGUUAACUUAAAUCUGGUGGGGUCAGAUGGUCCAGAACAAAAAUAAAUUCCAAUAAUUUUAAUUUCCCUGAACUGUCAAUCUUAUGGACAACUACUGCUUCGAAGGGUCCAAUAAAUGCUGUUCGUUCUGGAUAAGUGGCAGAUAUCACCAACUGCUAGGAAGCCCAGGGCUUUGUUUAGACACGGCAAAAAGAAACUGGACUUGUACUAAUUGCCAGUAGAUAUCAUGGCCAACUUUCCAUUCAAGCAGUUCCAAGGGAAAUGCUAUUCCACAGCAUUUAAUCUUUUGAACAUAUGACUUUUAUUAAAGGACUGUUCAGGGGCAAUAUAUAUCAUUUACUUUUAGAAACUAAAAUCCCUCAGAGAUUGAAACAGCACACCAUUUAUAGACUUUGAGAUCUCUUUCUACGCAAGCAUAAUUCCAUUUUACUAAAGCAGAAAUUUUAAAAAAUCCACAGCAACAAACCAGAAGUUUUCAGUCCGUUGGUGGAGCCGAAUUGAUGAUUUGUAGGCACUUAAGAUUUACUUAACGUCUAGAAUUUUUUUUUUAAUUAGACACUAAAAUUUUUAAUUGUUCUACUAGGUAGAAGAGACCUCUAGUAAAAGCAAUGCAUUUUUGUCCUUAAGCUAAACCUUAAGUGUUCUGUGAAGACAUUGCACUCUAGGUAAAAGUUUGAUACUGUUUUUCAUUUGCACUUACUUUUUUUUCCCCUUAGACAUCAUAGAGAAAGAUAUAAUAAGUAUUUCCCUGCCUUCAGCAUUUUAGAAAUGCCAAACCUAAUGGUAUAUCAAGUCUAAACUUCAGUGUGAACUCAAAAGACUAGCUCUGGAAAUCAGUUCGUUUGUUUCUUCUUUGUCUUGUUUAGUCAAUUAAGUGGGGGUGAGGGGGUUGGGAAUGCACAAGGUUUUCAUACUAUCAUAGGUUUUGAAGAAGUGACAGGUCCACCCAUCUAUACACCUCCCUGUGUCCUUAUAUUGGCUCAUCUAAAUAUGAAAAACUCAAAUAUCUUCUAAAAACAUUUUGAACCAACAUUUAUGUACCAUAUGUAUGUGUUCCCUGUGUUAACCAGCAGGGGUAUGUUUGGUUGCAUCCACUGCAAAUCUUUAUGUGAUUGGGUUUUGGUUUUUUGUUUUUGUUUUUGUUUUUUCAUUUAAAAACAGUGAAGUCUAAAGCCACAUUUCUUAAUACAAAUGAAUGAAUAUAUAGAAUAAUAUUCUUGAAAAAUAAUUCCAUGUAUUUUAGCCAUUGGACUACUAAAUUUUUCAUAUGUGGCCAUGUACCUACCCAGGUGUGUAGGUGUUUAUGUAAACUUGCAGGGCUUACUGUAUAUAUGGGUGUGGUUACUUGUGUAUUUGUGUAUUGUGUAUUUGUGUGUGUUUAUAGACCAUACAUAGUAAAGUAUGGUAUUUGUGACACAGCCUUAUAAGUUACUGGCUCUUGUGGAAUUUUAUGUAAAACCUUUCAUGUCAUAAAUCGUUACUUGUGACAUAUUAAUUGGGGCAUGUUUAAGUUCAAAGGUACUUUGCUAAACUAGUACGGCAGAAUGGUUCCAAAUAGUCAGAUGUACUAAAUUAUUUUGAAAAAUCUGGAUAAACAGAUUAACAAAACAUUUUCAAAUUCAGAUAAAUUUAAUAUUGUUAACUAUUAAAUAUAAGCUUACCUGAAUGCUUAUAUUGUUAUGUCUUGAUAUUCAGUUAUUAAAAUGAUUAUGUACUAUCGAUGGUGUUUCUCUAAUGUGUAUGACAUGUAGUGAUUAUCAGUCAGUAUUCGCUGAAAAAGGCAGUAUUGGUUUAUAGAGUUGUGAGGAGUUGAGUAUUAUAUUGAAAUAUAAAUAGAGGAGAAUCCAAACUGUAUUUGAUGUGAAGUAAGUUUAAUAACAAAGCCAGAUAACCUGUAAGGCAGUUUUGUGUGUUCUUCAAAACUCUGUUCUAAAGUAUUGAUGUAUUUUCAGUGGUAACCUUACUAUACUUGCUGUCUGUGUGAUUAUAUACCUAUAUAAGUAUAUGCAGGUAUAUAUAUACACAAAUGUUAAUUGAAUGAAGAUACUAUAUAUGCCUACAUUUGCCUACUUGUGUGUAUCUGCAUUAGCCUUGCUAGCUAGCAUCCCUGAUUGUGCAUGUUGGUGACAACUGUAUCCCACAGAAGUAUAGUGUGAAAAUUAGAGCUGUGUUGAAUUCAGCACACCAAUUGCCUGUUGCAGCUUGUUAUACUGUCAGCUGAAAGAUAUUUGUAAUAUUGUGCCUGUAACGCAUGUGGAAAAAGAUAGGAAAUCUGAGGCCUAGCCAUAAUUUUUCAGAGAGCAUGAUAUAUAGUGUCUUUAAAAUGUAGUUCAUUUUAGUAAAGAUGAUGGAUAAAUUCCAAGAUAGUAUAAAUGAUGCAUGUAAUACAUGGAUGUUUGUAUUAUAUAUGGCCACAAAAUGUUUUUGAAGCCAGGGUAGUAGGUAUCUGAAAGGUCAUAGGCAAAGAACUAUGAAAGCGAAUUUUCUUGUGAUUUUUUUUUUUUUCUUGGUGGUUUUUCUUGUUUUUGUUUUUUUAGUUUAUAUUCAUCAACAAGCAAGGAAUUGAGUUUAUUUAUUCUAGGACAUUUUACUUAAAAAUACGCCAUGAAUACUAUAAAUCUGGACACAGUUUUCACAAAGAGGUUGACAUAUUUCCUGCUUACAGUUUGAAUUGCUUGGAUGUGUAUUCUCUUGGAUGUGUAUUUGGUGUUAAACUGUUUUAAACAGCAACAUGCUUUAAAAAUCCAUCAAUUGAGGCCAGCAGCAGAGUUUUAUAGAGCGAAAUGAGGAAAUGUUUCAUUGAACUACCCAGUUUUGAAAGUUCCAUUGUUUUGUGCUGUUGGUUUCAUUGUAAAACGCUGUACCUUGUGUUUCACACUGGACCAUGUUAUUCCACUCAAAGUUAACUUUGUGACACUUACCACCUUAGAAUAACUAUACAAUAAACAGGAAAAACAACUUAAUGCUGUUCAGUGGGUUUCUUUCAGAAAACUUGAUCAGUAGAUGCUAAAAUUGAAAUGACUGUGUGGGGUAAGGGCUACCUUCAUAAAUCACAUUUGUGGUGUUCUUGUGAUGUAAUUUGCACAAACAAGUGAUCCUUGAGAUACUGCAAAAGACAUCUAAGGUAUAAAAUACCGACAAUAACAAUGAAAUAAGACUCUCUGAUGAAGAAUUCUGUUUUACUAGGUUAUAUUAAAAUCAUUAAUACACUUUCCUCUCAGGAUUGUCUUAAGGGUGAAUAUUUCAAAUGAACUGGCAAUUGGUUGAAACAAAGAAAUUUUAAACAUACUAACUUUCCUCCUAGGUAUGAAGAACAUUUUCCCCAAGGUCAUCUAAUUUGCAGGGGGAAAAAAUGUGCAUGUAAAUAGGUAUGUGCGUGAUUGGAAGUUAUUUUAAAAACACUCAAUAAAUAAAUGUAUAAAAUAAACAAGUAUAUAAUAAAAUACUUGAUUACCCAACUUUAAUAUAGAACAAAAAUCCACAAUCUAUUUCAUUCAUAGUUUAGUAUAAGGGAGAACAGAAAAUUCUACUGGCCUAGUUAGAAAAAAGCAUUUUUACAUUCAAAUUAUCAUAGAAGUCUAAAGCUCUGGUUUUAAAUCUAACAUUUUUAUGAGGUUCAUUCUUACCUUAAAAUUGUAGUUUGCUUUAAUGGGUCCUCUGUAUUAUUUCCUUGAUAACCUAAAUGUAAUCAGUGCUUAAGGCAAUAAUGGUACGACUGGAAAGUAUGUUUACAAAUUUAUAGAAUUCCAAAUUGUGCUUAUACUUUUUUCAUAUGCUAGAGUUUAAAAUAAAAUGGAGCAGAUGCCUGAAAGAGUGGUAAGCUCCCUUUAUCACGGAUUGGGAAUCAGAAUUGAGGAAUAAGUCACGGGGGGAAUUAUUUUAUUGAGAGGAGCUAAACUAGACAUUUUCCUGGUCCCCUUCCAAACUGUGAUUUCAUGAAGAGAAACUCAUAAGAGGAGACCUGGUGCCCACCAAGACAAAUGGCUCAGAUUCUGAAUUUAUAGGUCCUGGCCUUAAGUGAGCAGACUGCCUGAUACAACAGAGUUGUAACUAAACACGUUUAUUUUUGAAAUCUUGGCUCCCAUGGCUUCACUAACAGAUUUAAUGCCAACAUUUCCAUUUUCAUUUUCCCUUCCUCUAAGUAAACCCAAUUUCAUGAAUAACAGUUCUACAGUCUUUUAAAAACUUUGACCAGAUCUUUAUGAUAACGUUUGGCAUUUUUCAGUAUUCAUGCUGAGUUAUGCACAUGACUGCCUACACCAUAAACGCUAGGUUGAACAUGCUAUGGAGAAUGCAGACAAAGGAAUUUGGAAAAUUUGGGAAAACUUGUGCCUUGUCUCAAAUAAUGGAGCCUUAAUACUUAUUGCAGAUUGAUGUCAUCAUCUUAUUAGUCUGUACCCACUUGGAAAGUAAAUAAAUGUAUGGUUUUUCUAUAUACACAUAGAGUCCCUUGGAUUUCAAGCUGUCUACACCAAGAUUAUGAUUUAAUUUUGUUAUAUGAGGUCAUCUUUAGAGACUCUGUAGAUCUCAAGUCAGGAUCACCGAGACAGCUGUUUGAGUUUGUUAAAUAUCUGUUGGUUGUGUUUCCUUUAUAAAAUUGAUCAGUUGAUUUCUAAAUUCUCUGUUUGUCAUUUUCCAAAUAAAUCUUAACACAGUAAUAACUGUAUACCAAGGCAAAAUGUGAAGCGGAAAUAAUACAGUUAUCCAGACAAAGCAAGAGUUACCUGGUGAGAUUUUUCUACCUUGAUUAAAUCAAUUGGAUUGAUUGGAUAUUUUUGUGAUCUUUAUUCAGUGUGGACCCCAGCUGAGUGACACCAUUAAUACAAAUGACAGGAGUAGGUCAUACCACUUAUAUUUGAAACGGACUGUUUUUUCCUACAUGGUCGAUACAUCUUGGUAAAAUGUGGUUAGAGCUGUUAUGUCAGUUUUCUCACUUACUUCAAAAAGUGUGAUAUGUUCUCCAUCUGUUAUGUGAUCCCAAGCUAAAUAGCUACACUUAGGAUGUGUUCUUACUUCGGGCAGUGCUUUUAUGAAGGUGUGCCGUAAAAGCAUCCAGGUGCCAGCAACCUGUCCACCUGGUUCCCAUUAAAUCUGCUUGGAGGUGAUGACAUUUCAAAUGUCACAAGACCUCUUAGAGCAGCUAUUUGCAUUAAAUUUGAAAAUAACUGUAUGUUUUGCACUGUACACUUAUAUGCCUUACAAUUAGCAAACUGACAGAAGCAAACACAAAAUCUUAUCACCAUACAUGCUAUAAAAUGGUUUAUCUUCUCAGAAAAACCAUGUAAGUAAAUCGAUUUCAUUUAUAAGCAUGAAAAAAUAUAAGUAGGCUUUUCAGCUUCUGUAGGUCACAAAUAAAGGCUGAUCCACUUCACUGGAUUAAUUCUAAAGAACAAGAACCUACACGUUUUCCCUUUACUAUUUUUACAAUCCUUCAAUUGGACCUAUGGGCAAUAAUCAAAAUGUUCCCACACUAAGGCAGUAUGUUUAGGGUUAGCAACGAGUGUACACAAAGGGCCAUGGUGAUUAAUGAAUGACUUCAGCUGGGAGAGAGCAAAAAUGUUAGGUGACAGAAUCAGAAUCCAAAAAAAUGACAGGCUGGAAGGAUAUGAAUGUAAUAAAUAUGACAUUACUAUGAAUAAAUGAGAAGUCUUAGACUUGAUCCAAAACACCAACCUUUCAGAUAUAGGAUAGGGAGAUCUGACACAGUGUGAGCUUAGUGUAGGCUUAAAAGUUAUGUUACUGGUAAAUCAGUAUGAUCUCAAAGUGCAUUAGCAUUCUAUUCACAAGGAAGAACGCUCUGUCCUUCUCUGUUCUGUGCUGGUCAGGGUACACCUAGAAUAUUGCAUGUGUUUUGAGCACCAGCAUUAAUCAGAGAUACUGACAACUGGAAGGUCAGGGGUCAUGGAACUCUGUUUUAUGACCAAAGACACUGGGAAUAUUGACAUUGAAAAAGAGAAGACACGGAAAGAGCCCAGUAGCUAUUUCCAAAUGUCUACAGCAUCGUUGCCCUGGGAAAUGAAUUAGACCUGUGCGAGGUGGCUUCAGAGAUGAGAACUAAGAACGAAAACUAGAAAACGUAGAGGGACAUCAUUCGGACAUUAACCUAAGGAAGAAUUUUCUUUGCCUCAUUAACAGUUAGGGGGCCGUCUCAGGAAGUAAUGAGUUCAGUACUGGAGAUCUUUGGACAGAGGCCAUUUGACCACUGGGCUGGGAUUUUUGUAGUGGGAAUUUGGUCUCCGUAGGUCUCUUUGGAAGUAGGGUAGAACAGAUAAUCUGUGAGGUCCAUUUCAGUCCCUGAAAUUCUUUGAAUCCGUGAAUGGUCAUUGUCUUGGGUAAGUGUCUAAUGUUAACUAUCUUAUUUCUUUGGGAAAAAGAAGAGAUAACACCUCUGGAAAUUUAAUACAUUUAUUUUACUUUAUUUGGGCAUAGUAAAUAAAAUGAUAACUUUUCAUUUCAGAAUUCCCUAUUUGUAAUUAAAUGUUCUUCUUUCUGGUGCCAUCAGACAGCAUGGAAUUUGAUAUGACUUGAAGUACACUCUCAAACCUAAAGUUGAAAAUAAGCAAUUUUAAACAUAAGCAGACUUGUGUUAACCCUACUUUUUUUUCUUUUUUUCUUUUUUUCUUUUUUUUUUUUUUGCCAGAGCCUAAAAAUCAGGAGGGGUUCUUGUUCAUAAGGCAGAGAAAACACAGCUGGCACUGUGGCAAGCAUUCAGGGCAUCAGACAUUUGGUAUUGUAAAUGCAAUUCAUAUUGAAAAUGCAAUUCAUUAGUUGAUAAGGCAGUUUAGUGAAUAAUACC